GGCAGCCGACCGGAGCGAAUCAAAGUCAGAUGUUUGACAAUCGGGAAGCGAUGUCGCCGUCUUUGUCGCGCGCCUCGUCGACCAUUACCUCCUCCAGUCGCGAGCCCGCGGAAAGUGCGCGGGCCGUUAAUUACGUUCGUCGUGCCUUGACGAUGACAAGGACGACGCGCUCGUCGUCCUUGUAAUUGCGAGGGAGACUUCCUAGUGUUGCUCCGAUCGAGGGGACGGUAUUUCCGACAUUCAUCCUUCGCACGUGCCCCGUCGUCGGCGUGACGCGAGGUACCCGCGAGGGUAUCGAUUCUUUGGAGCGCGAACGCGGGGAAAAGGAUCGCGAGAGACAGAGACGUGCACUAGCGUCGCUCCGCGCGGCGCCGCGUCGUGUCGCGUCGCAUCGCGUCGCGUCGCGUCGCACGACGCCUCGCCUCGUCAACGCGUAAACAACACACGUAUUCCUCGCCGCCCGCCGGCGGCGUCGCACCGGCGAGCAGGCGACGGCGGCGGCCCGCUACUCGCGCCUACAGCUGAGCGUUGACGCGCGUCUGACAAAGGUGUGCGGUCGCGAUAACGCACACGGAAGAGACGACACGCAGCAACGACAACGUCACAUCUCGAUGAAAGGAACGAGAGUAUUUUUCCUCAGACCCGAUAAAUCUUAGCGCGUGACCUCGGUUCGCGUUGGAACGUUAAAUCGUCCAGAUUUAAUUCAUCUCCGAUGAUGGAUAGGAAUAGUCUGUAACACGAUAAAAAACGUCCGAUUAGGUGAAGCUGCGCAAAGUGAUGCCUGAUGAUGGCGGCGGUUCCUCGCGGCGACGAUUCUUCACUGCAGCCGGAGAUUGCCUUGUCAUUUCCGGCUAUACGUCGCCCAAAGGAUAUCAGAGAAAACAUCUUACACGUGCACAAGUGUUGAGGAUGCUGACACCGAGACGAGCGGGGCCAGUCGGCCCCGAGGAAAUUGGGAACGGGCCCGAUGACAAGAGUGCGAGCAAUGCGAGCGGCUCGAUCACUCCAGGCGGGUCUUAUGAGAAUGGCGACAAUUCUAAAGAGUUUCAGUCGACCGGAAGGACCGGCAGGAGAAACGCGUUACCAGAUAUCCUCGGCCGACAUGCCGAGACCGGCCUUUCUGAUCUAUCAGAUCGGUUUGAGGAGCUGUCUACAGACACAGAUCAUUCUAAUAACAGUGGACAAGACCCGAACAUACCGGGUACAUCGAAACAGCAUGGCUGACGUGCCUAUAAGGACUUCAUAGCGAAUUUCGCUGUGAACAUUGACAACAUUGUGACAACAUUGAGCCUUUUCGAGCAUCAUUAAUGAUGACAACGAGAACACGAUGAAAACGCAUACCAUUUUUGUAAAUGAAGUUUUCAUCUAUGCUUCUUGACUCAAGUUAGCGAUAAAAUGUUGACUAUAGCGAUAAAAUGUUGACUGACACAUGUAAAUGACAAACUGUAUAUGACGCAUUUUGUUGUCUCUGCAAAAACACUUAAGAAAAAUAGAAUUUGGACUCAAAAGAAAUAAAUAAAAGAUUAAAGUUGAAAGAUUUAAUGCAAGAAUGUAAAAUUCUAAAUUUUAAUUAUAACGUUUAUUUUUUA